UGUUCAGGAGCGCAGCUGAGCUGACGGGGUCGACACCUGCCGGCGACAGGAGAAACUACUCACAGACACGGCCCGACUCCAGGAGCGCGAUGCCCAAGGCGCAGGUGAACGGAGGCGAGGGCAUGAGCCGCGAGGCGCUCAUGAUGGCCGACGCGGAGGACGGCCAGCACAAGGGCGGCAAGUGCCACGAGACGGAGCCGCUGCACCACGUGUCCAACAAGCCGCGGCACAGCAUCAUGUCCUACAACCCGCACCUGUUCCGCGAGCUGGAGGCGCCCACCUCUAACUUCGAGACACUCGUGCACCUGCUGAAAGGAAGUUUGGGCACAGGCAUACUCGCCAUGCCCAAUGCCUUCAUGCACGCCGGCCUCGCGCUGGGCACAGUCGGCACCAUCCUCAUCGGCAGCUUGUGCGUCUACUGCCUCCACGUGCUGCUGAGGCAGCAGUUCAUCCUGUGCAAGAUGAUGCGAGUGCCUGUGCUGACGUAUCCGAGGACGAUGGAGCUGGCGCUGGAGAAAGGUCCGGCGCCACUGAGGAGACUUUCCAAGUACUCGGGAUCAAUUGUAAAUGCAUUCCUGAUAGUAUAUCAACUCGGUAUAUGCUGCGUGUAUAUAGUAUUCGUCGCAUCUAACGUGAAGCAGGUGGUGGACAUUCACUGGCACCCCAUCGACGUGCGGCUCUACAUGGUGGCGCUGCUGCUGCCGCUCAUCCUGCUCAACUACAUACGCAACCUCAAGCUGCUGGCACCCUUCUCCACGCUCGCCAACAUCAUCACCUUCGUGGGGCUGGGCAUCACCAUGUACUACCUCGUGGACGGCCUUCCCUCGCCCAUGGAGCGCCGCAUGGUGGGGCCACCCAUGGAGUUCCCGCUCUUCGUCGGCACCACGCUCUUCUCGCUGGAGGCCGUCGGCGUGAUCAUCUCGCUGGAGAACAACAUGCAGACGCCGGGAGACUUCGUGGGCUACACGGGGGUGCUGAACAAGGGCAUGUCGCUGAUCGUGUUCCUGUACGUGCUGGUGGGGUUCGUGGGCUACGUCAAGUACGGCGAGGACACCAUGGGCAGCAUCACGCUCAACCUGCCCACCGAGCACAUACUGGCGCAGAGCGUGAAGAUCAUGUUCGCCGUGGCCAUCUUCAUCACGUACGCGCUCCAGUGCUACGUGCCCGUGGACGUGGUGUGGAACUCGUACCUGCGCCGCCGCAUGGAGCGCAGCUCCGAGAGCCUGCAGAUGUUCGUCGAGUACCUCAUGCGCACGGCCAUGGUCAUCAGCACGUUUCUGCUGGCCGUGGCCAUCCCGAGGCUCGAGCUGUUCAUCUCGCUGUUCGGCGCGCUUUGCCUGGCCGCGCUCGGCAUAGUCUUCCCCGCCACCAUCGAGCUGUGCCUGCUGUGGCCGGACAGGUUCGGCCGCUGCCGCUGGAUCCUCGCCAAGGACCUGGUCAUCAUCCUGUGCGGCGUCUCCGGCCUGCUCGUCGGCUCCUACACCAGCAUCCUCGAGAUCGUGCUCUCCAUGCUCUGACGUCGCCCCGGUCGCCGCCGCGACAGAACUGCACAACCACUUCGCCUUCACCACCACCCUCUUUUCACGUGAUCCCAUCCACGAUGUGGCGUAUUACUUAUCAGAUAUGGUGAAGCCAACAUAUAGUGGUAAGACACAUACGUUGCACCAUCAGGUUGUCUUCGAUUCACGAAAGUAGCGAUAGAACUACAGAAAUACUUCAUCUUAACAACCACCCCUUUUUAUAUGAUCCAAUCCACGAUAUGGGCAGCAUGGUGGCAUAUUACUUAUCAGAGAUGGUGAAGCCAAGAUAUAGUGGUAAGACACAUACGUUGCACCCUCAGGUUGUCUUCGAUUCACGAAAGUAGCGAUGGAACUACAGAACUACUUCAUCUUCACAACAGCCCCUUUUUAUAUGAUCCCAUCCACGAUAUGGGCAGCAUGGAGGCAUAUUUCUUAUCAGAGAUGAUGAAGCCAACAUAUAGUGGUAAGAUACAUAUCUUGUACCAUCAGGUUGUCUGCGAUUCACGAAAGCAGCGAGAAAGUAGUUAACGAUACUGGAGGAAUGAUCAUGAAAGUCACGAAAAAAAAAGGUUCUCUAAAUAAAUGAUAAUAUUGCUGAAAGUCACUUAACUUCAAUUGUCAGUAACUUUUUUGACACCUCACUUCAGUUCAUUAUCAUACAUUAAAUAUAAAUAGUUUUAGUUAUCUCAUUUGACCACGUGAAAAUUAUUAUUACAGAUAUUUUAGCUUUCUUACUAAAAUUUUGGUAUGUUCCUCAAGUAUAUCUGUUUAUUUUUUCAUUUGCACAUGUUGAAUUUUGUGUAUACUAUAUCUAUAUGAAAAUUCACCAUUUGCUAUAAAAUUGUAAAAAAAAAAUUAGUCAAGGUCUUAAAAAAACCAGUAAAUUGUUUCGCCAGUUAUUUUUGGGCAUCCUAAAUAUCAAAGAGACGCCUUUUUUUGUCCAUAUAAAGCAUUGAAUAUUUUUUGGGACACCAUAUUGUAAAGAGAAAAUGUCCAAUCGUCGCUUAGCAAUGGUCGGGUUUAGUUGGCCGAAGUUUCACUAGCACGGCUCUACCUGAUCUUUUCGAAAAUCAUUGACCUCUGUGUGGAUGUGGGACAAUAAUCUAUUCAUAUUAUUCCUCAAUGCGGUGUGUGUAUUUGGCUUCCUUAGACAUUGUACAAUCUGACAACAUAAUGCUGUGCCUUUUGGAUGUGGACCAGUGUAGACACUAGCAUUAAAUCUCGUCAUGGAACUUGUCAUAUAAUGUUGUGUCUUCUGUUUCUCGACCUCUUUCAUCACUAGCAUCUUAGAGAUUGUCGGCUGUAGGCUCUGAUAUAAUCUCAGCCACUACCAUGGAAGACUAAAUUGUUUUCCAUUCAGAACUACCCAUCUUUAUCAGUCAGAAUCCAUACAUUUGGGUAAGGAUACACAAACACAUAAUGCUUUUCGAACUAAUGAAGUGCUUACCUUGAAACGAUUUCGACUCACUUCAUUCUUCGGGAUGCUGUACCUGGCUGCUUUCGGUGUCGUCUUCCCUAUUAAAUAUGCUAUGCAAGAUCCUAUGUGCUCAUAGACUGCUAUACAAUAUUCAUGGAAGUCAUAAACGUCAUACUAUGAUGUCACCUUUGUCAUUACUGUAGAAUACUGAAUGCUUUCCCUUGCAGUACUACCCCUUGUAAGAAUACCUAACAUAAAUCAGCUCAUAUUCUUUGAACCAGAUGGUAUUCGUGACAUUCUUUGUCGUGCUCUACAUAAUGGUUUUGGGAAUUGAUUGCCUUAUCAACUACAUGCUGUGCCUGUUGUAAAUCGACUGGUGUAGAUGCUAUCCUGAUUCCUCGUCUAGGACAAAAAUAUCAUCCUGUGUCAUGUUCUCGCUAUUCAUUGGCUCAUAGACAAUACCCGAAUUAUGUACUCUGUUCUCUGACUUAGUUUGGGUGUUUACUAUCACCAUAGAGCAAAAACCUUUAAGUGUUGUGUGUGACGAGUGUCUGACACAAAUAAUAUCCAAUAAAACACAUUUUUCAUCACCCUGCAUGGUGUUUCAAGCUAUAUGCACCUAAAAAGGCAUAUUCCUAAUCGUCCACUCCAAGCUGUGAUGUUGCUUUAAUAAUUGCUCACCACUAUGUUAAGACUGAUUAAAUUUCAUAAUACAAUCAUCUCUCACCUGUUCAUACAGUUUUGUGUGAUUAUGUAUAUCUUAUACACCCUUUCAUUUAAUUGAAUUCUGUCUGUAGUUUCAUUAAGUUGUUCUGCACACUUACAUAUGCUUCCCUCAGUAUAAGAUUGUCCUUAUACGAUAAUGUUAAGUCUGUCAUAGAUGGAACUGAGUGAUUACUGCAGUGAUAGUGAAGGAUAACUUUGUUUCAUUUGCACAUGUAUUUAUUGAUGUGCUGGACAUAUGCAUGCUAUCAUGUGCUUGGAAUCGGCAGCUGUCCGCCUGAUUGUACAGUGAUCGUCCUGCAGUGUGUGGACCGACAUUGAGUGACCAAGUGAUUCUCGCGAAGGAUUAUAUUAUCAUCCAAUUUUAAGUCCACUGGCUACACAUCAGCUCAUACAUUAGCAUUAACUACAACACCCAUUACAAGCUGCCCAUCAUUUCAGAAACAUCCAAUUUUAUUCGCCACCCUACACAUGUAGACAAAUGUAAGUUACAGCCAUUUUUAUAACUAUUUUAAAAUAUCCUUUCUCAACGAACCAGCAUGUUGAUAUAUAUAUAUAUAUAUAUAUCUUUAUAUAUUUAAAUACUAAAAUGACAUUUUUCGGGGUAGGCUUAUCAUCCAAAGGUUGGCAAAUAAACUUAUUGUUUGCAGUUUGUGAUUUUACUUCUUGUCAAUUUUAACCGUAUUAUUAGCGUUUCGUGACAACACAACGAAGCUGUUUCCAUCUCUUCAGAGAGGCUGCAUUAGCAAGUGGUACCAUCAUUCUGAUGAAAGCAAAUGUGAUCGCCAAAUUUAAAAGAAAAUACAUUUACGUGAAACUUAAUACAAAGAGACAAAACAUUAAUCUCAUUAAAGUUUUGUUAUUCUAAAUCACAUUAUAUACAAUCUUGAGUGUUACUACUUUUUAAAUUAGGGAUUUUAUGGCGUCAUAGAGAAAGAGAGAGAGAAAGAAAAAGGUUUGUUUUAUUGCAAUUUAUGAUAAUAAUAGUAAAAAUAAUAUGUACACACUUAUUUAUAAAACAUUUGUUAAUAUGAGAGAGAAUAUAUUGCGCAGUGUAAAGUAGAUGCAGUUGUAAAUUUAAAACGGUAUAUUGUGGUCUCAUUUCCCUUUGAAUAGUAUCCACGUAAGACUUUAAAUAUCCCGAUAAUUUUUGUUAUUACAUAGGGAAGACUCAUAAAAGUGCCAAAAAAAUUACUGUGUGCCUCAUAUAACCUUACUCUCACAUCACUCUGUAUAUAUUAUAUGAAGUGUUUAUUUAUAUUUAAAAUAUUCAUAGAGAGAGACGGUCACAUGUGUAUAAUAUAUUACUGUGUUAAUUGUAUUUAGUAUUUAUUAGUUAGAAUUGUUUAAUUAUUGCUAAACAUUGGUUUGUCUUUUAAAUUUCCGCAGUGAGAUUUGUUUUGUACCUACUAAAAAGACAAUUAUUUACUUACUAGUUAUAAAUAAAGAUAAAAUGACAGUAUUUGCAGAAUAAUGACAUACCAGUGAUUUAUUCUGCUGUAUAUUUUGUUAU